GACUGUUUGCAAGAAAUAAAGAAUGAUACUCCCAAGAAUCCAAAGAAAAAUGACACCCCUAUAGGACUGUUUGCAAGAAACAAGGGACAACCCUCAGAAGUCCAAAGAAGAAUGACACCCCUAUAG